AAGAAGUAGUGUCAAUGUUUUGCCUCCCCCUGGAGGAUGCCAGCUGUCCUGUCAAUGAUGGUGAGGAGCAGGGUGGAUGUGGGCGGAAGGUUGGGUGGGCGUGGGUGGUGAGUGAACUCUACACGCCCCACACCCUCCUCACGCUCAUUAAUGAUCCCACCAUGGAGCUCAGGAUCAUAUCAAAAAUCAGGUAUACGUACGAGCUAGCUAGUGGACUUGCUUACCUACAUUCCCGGGGUCUUGCUCACCUGGAUGUGAAACCUGCUAACGCCCUCCUCACCACCCAUGGCCACCUCAGGCUCGCUGACUUCGGCUGCUGCGCCAGACUUGACCAGACCGAGGAACUGGUAUUAGGCACGGUGGGCUACCAGGCGCCUGAGUGUUGCGAGGUGAGCUGGCGACACUUUGAUGACGUGUUCUCUCUUGCACCAUCUGCACCUCUACACCCAAACAUCCCCUACCAAGGUCUUCACCCACACGUAGUCCUAUACCAAGUUGAAGAUGCAGGUACGGAGUUUGCCAAAGGCUUGAGACGCACAUCUGAUCCAAUGUUGAAACUCUUCUAUGUCUGCGGUGCUGGACAGGUGGUAGCCGAGAUACCGAAACCAUUACCGUCAGGUUUGGAGUCACAACGAUAG